GUGUGAAAUUAUGGGUUCCCCACUGUGGUUGGCUUUCUGCACUCUGCUGCUCUUCUAUAAGGGAUCAGCUAAAUUUUUAGAGCGGAAUUGUGGAAGAAGUCAGAGUAUUCACAUUCCCAAUCCUUGGCUGGUCACCAUUCGAAAUAAAGCGAAUUCUGAGUUCAUCUGCGCUGGCACGCUUCUCAACGAACGGUCCAUCCUAACAGCUGCAAGUUGCAUAAAAAGAGGCACCAACCUCAUCGUUCGCUUGGGAGAACGAAACCUAAACGGGACAUAUGAAGAAAGCAUUGUAGCGAAGGCAAUAGUGCACAGGUCACCUGAACAGAAUGAUAUAGCUCUGCUCAGAUUAAAAACCAGUGUCGUAUAUAAGACUGAAAUACAACCUAUAUGCAUUAAUGCAAAUGUGGAAAAAACACCGAUAGCGUCUACCUAUGAGAUCGGCAGAAAAUAUCAGAAGAAACCAGACGUAGUUGAAUGUCCAUGGCAUAGAAAAUUGUUGUUUUUAUUUGGCCUUGGGAACCCUUGCCCAAGCCAAAAAGAAGAAGUUAAUUUAUCUCCCGAUCCCAUUGAAAGGGGUAGUCCUGAUAACCGAUAUAAGGACGAACUAUUUUUUCAAAAGGGAAUUCUAACAAACAAGGACAUAUACACCGAUGUAGAGGCCUAUGUCGACUGGAUAAUACCAAACGCUCUGCAAAUAGAUAUCAUAUGGGCUCCAGAGCUGCCAUCACCAUAAAUACUACGUUUGUAUUUUUUGUACUUAUAUUUGUACAAUCUUUUUAGAAAAAUAUAAUUUACGUAAGCAUCUGAUUUAAGUCGAUAAAAUAAAAGCUUGGAAUUUUCUAAGUGUAA